UAAACGCGGAGCCACGUGCGGGCGCCGAUCCUGGAGAAACCUCCCCCCCCGCCCCCCGCGGAUCGGCGCGUGCGCACUAGCUACGCAGUCUGUACGGAAGUGCGCGCUUCUGAGCGGAAGCGACAAUCCCGGUUGCACGUGGGCUCCGGGGUGAUGGAGGGGGCGACGCAGACUGAAACUAAGAUCCGCGCUGAGUCUGGAAUAGAGUCCGGCCCUCGGGGUCCCGGUUGUAGCCUCCGGCACUUUGCCUGCGAACAGAAUUUGUUGUCCCGGCCCGAUGGCUCGGCCUCUUUCCUGCAAGGGGAUACCUCCGUCCUGGCAGGCGUGUACGGGCCAGCAGAGGUGAAAGUCAGCAAAGAGAUCUUCAACAAGGCCACACUGGAGGUGACCCUGAGGCCGAAGAUCGGUCUGCCUGGCGUAGCGGAGAAGAGCCGGGAGCGGCUGAUCAGAAACACGUGUGAAGCGGUGGUGCUGGGAGCUCUGCACCCCCGCACCUCUAUAACCGUGGUGCUACAGGUCGUCAGUGAUGCUGGCUCUCUCCUGGCCUGUUGCCUGAAUGCCGCCUGCAUGGCACUGGUGGACGCAGGUGUGCCCAUGCGGGCCCUCUUCUGUGGGGUCACCUGUGCUCUGGACUCUGAUGGGAACCUCCUGCUGGACCCCACAGCCAAGCAAGAAAAGGAGGCCCGGGCAGUCCUGACCUUUGCACUUGACAGCGUGGAACGGAAGCUGCUGAUGUCCACCACCAAGGGGCUCUACUCUGAUGCUGAGCUCCAGCAGUGCCUGGCUGCAGCCCAGGCUGCCUCCCAGCACGUCUUCCGCUUCUACCGGGAAUCUCUGCAGAGGCGUUACUCCAAGAGCUGAGGCACGCUGGGGCAAGCUGCCCCUCCCACCGCCUCCAGCAUCAGAUAAACUGGUAGCCCAGCCCUGCUGAGAAAGUGGCUAUAGCCAGCACCUGGGCCCGGGGGGGCACAGACCCCACCCCACCCCAGGAACACACUAGCAGGAUGGUGCAUUUAUUGACUGAAUCUACUCAUUCUAAUAGCCGGGUGAAGUGGGACUGCUGUUAGAGUGUGCAGGCCCUGCUGGGUGCUGAGGCCUCAGCAGUGAAUGAGGCCCAUGUCCCAGGUUCGAGGAGCAGUGACGUGAUGGACAAAUAAAAUUGGUGUUUUUUGGAUGGUGGAUGCUAUUUAAAA